AUGUCCUUCCACGCCCCCGUUCUUCGAGCGGGAUCAAAAUUCGCCUCGCCAAAAACCACAUUCAUAUGCAGUCAAUGCAGAAACGCAACCCUUCUCCGCCGUCCUAAACGGCCAUACACAUUCACACAACUCAUCGCGCUCUCGGACGGAAGCACAUUCACCCACCGCACCACCUCUCCUCAAGCCGUCUACCGAUCUACACGCGACACACGAAAUGCACUCUUAUGGAACCCCAGCAGUGAGAAACUGCUUAACCUCGAAGACGAUGAAGCUGGUCGAUUAGCUGCGUUCAGAAACAGGUAUGGACGAGGAUGGGAUUCUACCACGAAGAUAUCUGCCAGUGACGCUGAGGCAGCUGCAGCUGCUGCCGCUGCCGAUGCUGCCGCUGUGGAGGCUGGAGAGGUAAAGGCGGAGACGGCAAAGGCACCUGAGCCAGUCGUGGAGUCAGAGUUUGAGGAAGAUGAGGAUGAAGAUAACUUAUUGGAUUUGAUCAGCUCGUUUGGACAGGAGGAGCAGACUCAGGGAUCGAAGAAGAAGUAG